AAAAAAACACACAGAACAGAAGCUACUCUCUUCCAAACAAACAAAUUCAAUUCAACACAUCAUCUGCCCCUCUCCUCAGAAUCUCAGAUACGCAAUGGGCGGAUCCGAACCUUCUCCUCCAAACCCUAACUCCGUAGUCGACCCAAUUCCACCGCCUGCAGAUCCCCUUCCGCUUCCUCCUCCCGCACCGUCUUCUGUCGUUGUCUCUUCCCUCCCCAAGAGACCUUCCUUCAGAAUCACUUCAGAGUUCGACAGUGACAGUCUCGUAUUCUUCCACAAGGUCUCUUGCAAACUCUUUGACAAUCUCGCCAAGCUUAAGCUCUCGUUUCAGAAUAACCAUAAGCGCGAGAUCUCUGAGCCCCAGCUCGCUCUCACUUCCAAACACUUGUCUAUUCACUACGAUCUCGAGGACCAGAAUGCCCUCGUCAGAAGCUCCUUCGAUGUUGGCCCCAGGUUGCACUUCAAGGCUGCUCAUGAUGUCAAGUCACAACAAGGUGAGGUAGCAAUGGUUGCAAACCUGGGUGAUCCUGGUUACGCUCUUGAACUGUCAUCUCCUGUUCCAUAUGUUGGCUUGCCUAAAACAACCUUUAAAUUCCCCAUUGGUGAAGUCUCAUUGGAGGAGAGAGAUGACGAAGAAGUGAAGAAAACAUUGUCAAUCAGUGGAAUUGCUAAAGGUCAGGUUUUGGAUGGGAUCUGCACUGCUCAUUACAGAGAUGAGGAAUUGAAAUUGAGAUAUGCCUAUAAGGAUGAGGCAUUGUCCUUUAUCCCAAGCAUUUCACUUCCUUCAAAUGCUUUAUCAUUUGCAUUCAAGCGACGUUUCAGUCCCUCUGAUAAGCUCAGCUACUGGUACAAUUUUGACUCAAACAAUUGGAGUGCUGUGUUCAAGCACACGUAUGGAAAAGACUACAAAUUCAAGGCAGGCUAUGAUUCAGAGGUUGGUCUUGGCUGGGCAUCUCUUUGGGUUGGAGAUGAGGAUGGGAAGGUGAAGACAGCCCCAAUGAAGAUGAAAGUCCAGUUCAUGCUCCAAGUGCCCCAAGAUGACAUAAAAUCAUCAGCAUUGAUGUUCCGUGUUAAAAAACGGUGGGACAUAUGGUAAUGGUCCCACCAUGUCUGGACUGGGAGUCUGGGAUGACCUCCUGUCCAUCAUUGAAAUGUCGUCGACCUUUAAAGAUAGCAUGGUUAUGGGAAACUUCCCCUUGUAACGAUGCUUACUGAUGCUGUACAAUGACUUAAG